AUGAAAGAGAGAAGGCUCGAGCGUAUUGUAGUUCCAUUUGCUGUGGAUUCCACUCAACAGGAAGCUCUGUUAAUGCUAAAGAAAUUGAAGAGCCCCCUUAUUUUUAUCCCCUCUUCUUCUGUCUACCGGAGGCGGCGGAAAAAUCGUCCCCAACCUCUACCCCCUUUUCCUCUAGUUAAGGAUAAUACACUUAGACACAGUUUUGAGCAUGGUUCCUAUGAUUGUAAUCAAGAUAUGCAGAUUACUGAAGACGAUGCCAAACCAGAACAACUAUGUACAAGACGGAAAUAUGCAAGAUGGUUUCUAAGGACAAAUUCACAACUGGAGAGGAGUCGGAAACAUCAGAUAAAUUCGUGUGCUGCACUUUCUGGUUCUACAGUUACUGCAUUUGAUGAUGUGACUGCGCAAGACCCUGAUUUUGAAUCCAUUCAGUCACUAGCUGAGGCUGGCAUUAUUAGAAGCAAACUAUCAGGAAAAAGCUCAAGGACUAGUCUGAGUGAUUUAGAUGGUGAAGGAUGCAUGAAUUUCUGUCCUGAUAGGUUCGUAUCUCGGCAGGAUCUGAUUAGUUGGAAAGUAAAUGUAGAAUAUGAAGUCAGACCAGGAAUUACUGAAGAGGUAGGGAAGCAACUACAGCUUAUUACCUUUCAGGUGUCAAUGAAGAACAUUGGGUUUCUAGAUGUGAGAGAGAUAUCUUCAGAUGUGCUGGUGGAGCUUUUCCUGCAUAUUCUGUUUGAGGAAAAGAGCAUACUCAAAAGAGUUUUUGGACAGAGCAAGCGAUUUCAACUAAGAAAACCAUGCACAAAGGCCCAGGCAGCAGUGGCGCUGGCCAGUGGAAGAAGCAUGGAAUUUAUACAUGCUGAAAUAUCAAGGCUGGAAGCUGAGAAUUCUUCAAGAGAAACUGAAAUUGAAGAAAUAAAAUCUGAGCUUCUAGAGACGUGUGAGAUAAAGUGA